AAUAGAUUCAUAGAGUUCUCAAUCCCAACUCAAAAAGCUAGCUAGUAUCCAUUUUACACUCUAUCUCGAAGAUGACGCAAAAGAUACUUGUGAAGUUGCACGUUCAUUGCGACAAAUGCAGAACCAAGGCUUUGAAGAUUGCAGCAACUGCACCUGGUGUGAACAAAGUGUCAAUACAAGGUGAACACAGAGAUCAUGUGGAGGUGAUUGGGGAUGUUGACUCGGUUUGCUUGACUAGGGCUUUGAGGAAGAAGCUUGGCUCUGCCGAUUUAGUCAAGGUCGAACAAGUGAAAUGAUCCAGAGACAAACAGCUAUUAUGGGACCAACAAAUAAUUUCUCUCCUAUGUGACUUGUGCCAUUUAAUUCCCCUGACAUUUCCAAAAGGGUUUUUGUGUCUGUUUUUUGUGUUUUUGUUCACAUAUGUAAUUGGCCUUUAUAUUCACAUGCCCCGUCUUUUCGAACAACUCAUGAUCCAAAAACUGGUUUAUAUACUUUUAUGCUGGAAAAAUUAUCCGCCCCUGAAUAAUUCCCCGAUGUAGCGGGUGUGUGAAUGUGACGUAUUGUACUGUUGCUUGUUUAGAAAAGACACGCUUGUUUUCUCUAGUGACUCGGUUUCAAAUUCAGACAAGUGGGA